UUUUUGCCACCCUGCACCAAUAAAAAGCCCAAUCUGUGCUCUCCUGCUGCUAUAGCCUUACACAUCCCACAGCUUGAAAGAAUUAUGCCUUAGCAUCAGUUUGUGUACCUGUUUUGGCCACAAGUGUGUUUGCGAAUUUGGGAUCAAGCCACUAGCUCAUUACCACCGCCCCACUUUAUUUAUUCCAACCCUUCUCUCAUAUAUAUAUAGAACUAGCCCAUUUCUCAAUCGUAUGCAGCGGAAGUAUAAUUGAACCCCUUUCCCUAUACUUAUUUGCUGAUUACAGAAUUCAUCAUGUUAGAAGGAAAAGCAGUAAUCGGGGAAACUGAUAUGCUUGAGACCAUGCAACAAGAUGCACUUGAUUUGGCAGCCAAGGCACUUGACUUCUUUGAUGUCACUGAAGCCACUGAAAUAGCCUGCUUCAUUAAGAAGGCAUUUGAUAGGACGCACGGACCAGGGUGGCAAUGCAUCGUGGGAACUGAUUUUGGUUCAUUCGUGACUCAUUGCUGCGGCUGUUUCAUCUACUUUUGCAUAGGCAGCCUUGCAAUUUUGCUAUUCAGGGGCUCAGCUGUUCCAGAAGCUGAGCCAGGUCAACGUGUUGCACCUUUGGAGGAAGUAGCAUGAUCAAGCCGCCUUUUUUUUUUAUAAGAAAAAUAUUUUAGGCUAGGAUGAACAAGAUUGUAUGCCAAAUUUUCCUGGUCUCUUUACUUCAUUUUGCAAAUUGAUAUAGUAGGUUUUCUCA